UGCAGCUUCCCCACCGCUCAUCGUCAUCAUCAACAUCAUCACAGCAUCAAGCCGGAGUGGCGGACGUACCGAGAGUCAGCGAGAGUCUGAGAAGCCUGAGAAAGGGACAGAAAAAGACGAGUUUACAUAUGAUGUGAUUGGCUGAAAGCACAAGUCAAAGACAUGAGCUUGGGACAGGCUUGCAUUUUCUUGCGAGGCGGGAAAAAUAUCUCAAGGGAUCUGGCGGACGACGAGAUAGACGAGCUGCGCGAUGCGUUCAAUGAGUUUGACAAGGACAAGGACGGCCUGAUCAGCUGUAAGGACCUGGGCAACCUGAUGAGGACCAUGGGUUACAUGCCCACCGAGAUGGAGCUCAUCGAGCUGAGCCAAAACAUCAACAUGAACCUUGGCGGUCGAGUGGAUUUUGACGAUUUUGUGGAUCUGAUGGCACCCAAACUUCUGGCGGAAACGGCUGGCAUGAUCGGAGUGAAGGAGCUGAAAAACGCCUUCAAAGAGUUCGACGCAGACGGCGAUGGGGAGAUCACCACGGAAGAGCUGCGGCUAGCCAUGAUGAAGUUAAUGGGGGAGCACAUGAAUCGGCGAGAGAUCGACGCUAUCGUCAAAGAAGUCGAUGACAACGGCGAUGGCACAGUAGACUUUGAAGAGUUUGUCAGGAUGAUGUCGCAUCAAUGACAGCGGAGGCCAACCGACAACACACCUCUGCAAAUGCACAACAUUUGUCCGUUCCUGUUCAAUUUCGCUUGCCGUUUAUUUGGCGUGUAUUAAAAGAGCUAGAGUGAGCGUGCUGAUGGGAACUGUAGCACAACUUGUAAUCUAACCAAGAUUAAAUAUUUCAAAACAGCAAAGAUAUUACUUUUUACCAGCAGCUUUUGUCUUACAGCAUUUAACCUUAAUUCUUUUUUUUCUUUCUUCAUUUAAAAAAAUUUAAAUGUUGAAUUUGAAUUUUUCCGGAAAAAAAUAAUUUUCUGCAACCCUACCACAAAACAAGCAACUGGCAUAACAUCAAGCUUGUCGGUUGUGUAAUGAAACCGUACAAUGUUCUAUGGAUGUUCCAGAGAUGGGAUUUGGAAAAAAAAAAAAAAAACAA